GAAUAUAUUGGCGGAUGCCCAGAGUCGUUGUUGAGCUGUGUUCGUUCCACACCAUUCUUGUCCCUUGGACAUCACCCGAUCGAGCAUCGUGCUCUAGCUCGUCAGAUUUGUGAUUACCUCGGAGGCGGGAUGAUGAUGAUGGAGGGUUCAAGUUCAACUUGUGUGGCGAUGGAUCAUGCCCCUGCCUGGCUUAAGCUGGCCAUGGAUGUUCCAGUCACUGCCCCGUUGGGCCCCAUGGGCCCCCUGAUCCGGCGCCUCUACGGGCCCGCGGCCCGCGAGCAGCAGGGCCGCCCAAUGGCCGAUAUUGACACCGAGAUCCAGCAGCUCGUGGAACAAGGCCUCAUGGAGGGACUGUUCGUCUCUCUCAAAGGUCUGUCGGAGGCUGAGGACGCCAGCUUGAGCUUCACGGCCAAGUGGUGGAUGAAGGAGGUUCGAGAACUCUGCUACGACGCCGAGGACCACUUCGACGAGGUUACCACGUUGCAUUACUCCGGUGCCGGCAUCGCCGCUCGGAUCCUCCUUUGCAUCUGCACCAAGCUGACUAGUCCUCCUUUGCACAUCGCGAGUGAUAUCUCUGAAAUAAUGGCCCGUGUGAAGGACGCGAGUAAAAGACAGGAGAAUUUCCUUCUUGCUCCCAAUCCUAAGAUCACCACAGCUGCUGGCUCUGCAGGGGAGGCCGCCGGUGUCCCAACGGACAUGACUGGCGGCCGUCGUCGCUGGUGCCGGCGAAUGGAUGAUCUCGUCAAGCUGCUCGCUUUCGAUGACGAGAGCCAGAAACAACUCAAGGUGGUGUCCAUCUUUGGGCUUGCAGGUGUUGGCAAGACGACGGCUGCUAGGGCCUUGUUUGAUGAGUUUGGAGGGGAUUUCCAGUGCCGGGCUUUCCUACGGGUGUCCCGGAAUCCGGAUAUAAGGAGGCUGCUCACCAGCAUCCUCUCGCAAAUCAAGGCACCCCAGGUCCGUGGCUUCCCUGAUGCGCAGAUCCUUACUGCUAGUAUCAGGGAACAUCUGCAAGACAAGAGAUUCUUCAUCGUAGUUGACGAUAUAUGGACUACAUCAGUAUGGGAUAUUAUUAACCGUGCUUUUCCUGAUGGUGAUUGCAGCAGAGUAAUAACAACCACACAAGUUAAGGAUGUAGCAUUGGCAAGCUGCAGCUAUCACCUAACGUAUAGAUAUGAGAUGAAUCCUCUUAAUGACGAUCAAUCAGCAGAAUUGUUCUUCACUAGAGUUUUCGGCUCUGAAGAUUGUUGUCCUGCAGAUCUCAUAGAAGUUUCAUAUGAGAUUAUCAGUGAAUGUGGUGGUUUACCAUUAGCAAUUGUCAAUAUAGCCAGCCUGUUAUCGUUUUGCCUCUUACCGGAUCAAUGGAAGCAUAUGCAAUAUUCUUUAUCAUCUGCUUUGGAGACAAAUCCUACUUCAGAAGGGAUGAAACAAAUUAUAAAACUUACGUACGCUAAUCUUUCUCCUCAUUUGAAGACAUGUUUUCUAUAUCUUAGUAUGUACCCAGAGGGCUACACUAUCAGGAAGGAUGAAUUGGUGAAGCAAUGGGUAGCUGAAGGUUUCAUUGGGGAAAGGCAAGACAAAGAGCAGACUGCAGGGGUUUAUUUCGAUGAGCUUGUAAGUAGAGGAAUGAUCCAACCCGUAGAUACCAAUUGUCAUGACGAGGUGUUGUCAUGUACAGUUCACCACUUGGUACUUGAUUUUAUUAGGUACAAAUCCAUGGAAGAGAAUUUCAUUAUUAUUGUGGACAAUCUUCAAACAACUCCAGGACUCGCUGACAAGGUUCGUCGACUGUCUGUGCAGUUCGGAGGGUCAAAAACUGCAGAGAUACCGGAGAAUAUCAUAACAUCCCAAGUUCGAUCACUCUUAUUCUGCGGAUUCUUGAAACUUGUGCCUUCCAUUGUGGAGUAUAGGUUUCUUCGUGUUCUUAUUCUUCAUAUUUGGGCUGAUCAUGACAAAACGAGCUUUGACCUCACUCAAAUUGAUGAGCUAUUGCUACUGAGGUAUCUGAAGAUUGAAUGUAAUAUCACCGUCAAACUUCCAGCCAAGAUUCGAGGGCUCCGACAUCUGGAGACACUGGAGGUAGAUGCAAGAUUGUCUGCUGUUCCAUCAGAUAUUGAUUGUGCGAAGAGUUUACUGCACCUUCGCCUUCCAAGCGACAAUGUGUUGGACCUUGAUAAUCCGACCAAUCUGCAAGAUCUUCAUCUGACCUGUUGUGCUGGGUCGCUUCACCGUGUGGUUCGCAACAUGAAGCAUCUUGGUUCAAUUCUGGGUAAGUGCCAGAACCUCCAAUCUCUGAUCCUGGAUGAUGCUAGUGGCUCUUCAAGCAUGAGCAUUUUGUGUGAUGGCUUGAGCAGAGUGUCCCCUUCCCCGGUCCAUCUUCAGAGGAUCGAAGUUUUUCCCCAGGCUUGCAUCUUUCCCAGCCUCCCCAAGUGGUUAGGACAACUCAAUAGCCUCUGCGUCCUAAAGAUUGCAGUUAGGGAGCUAUCCAAGGAGGAUAUGGAUAUCCUGAAACGACUGCCUGCUCUUACUGCUUUCUCGCUGUAUGUCGGGAUCACCCCUGCAGAACAAAUUGUCUUUGACAAGGGGUUCAAGGUUCUCUGGUAUUUCAAGUUCACGUGCACUGCACUAUGCAUGGCCUUCUCGGAAGGAACAAUGUCCAAUGUGCAGAGACUCAAGCUAAGAUUCAAUGCUGACAAAUUGGAAAAAUAUGAUCCCGUACGUGCUGGCUUCGAACACUUAACGGGUCUUAAAGAGAUCUCUGCGAAAAUCGGAUGCAUUGGUGCUGAUGAAUCUGACAGCAAAUCUGCACUGAUGGACAUCUUCAGGAAGCACCCAAGCAGGCCUAUCUUCAAUGUGCAAUUGGUGGAUCGAAUUAUUCAGGGCGACAAACAUAAACGAGUUCAUAUGAGGGUCUCUUUGCCAAGAGAGGAACUCUCUUCGUAUCCACAAAUACUAGGGGGGAAGAAGAGAUGGAGGCAAAUGAAUGUCCAUCUCACGAAGACUCUGCGAGGAGUUACAUUUUUUAACUGUAUUUACGCAGAGCCUCUGCGAGGAGUUACAUACCUGAUCAUGAAGCUUCCACUCAAUCUUGGUGACGACCUCGAAUUCAUCAAGCGAGAAAUGCGGCAGAUGUCUUCCAUAAUUGAGGGAAACAAGGAGGAUGACCUGGAAGAGGAAUGGGUCCCACAACUGCAGGAGUUGGUUUAUGAUAUUGAGGACUACAUAUGCAUUUACAGCCUGCUGAGGACCAGACUGUCAGUACACAUCAUUCCCCACAUGAGCCACAUGAAGCAUCUGAAAGGUAGGAUCAUGAGCAUACAGAACUGGCGUCAUGCAGAUAUAUCGAGCAAGAUCAUAGACACUGGUUCUACUGCUAUGCCCAGGUCCUUCCCUGGAACUUCUCCUCGUUGUUAUGUUCGGCAGGAUGAUCUGAUUGGCAUCGAAAAUCCCAGAGAUGAGCUUCUACAGCUGCUUAUUCAUGCUGAUGACAGGCAGCCAUGGAUGAUCUCCAUCGUGGGGUGUCGUGGCUCAGGAAAGUCUACCCUUGCAGCAGUAGUCUACAACGACCACCGUGUCUGCCAAGAAUUUGAUGGCCGUGCUUGGGUUGUGGCGUCAGAGUGCAGAAAUUCGGGGGACCUUCUAGAUGAGAUCUUCCAACAACUAGAUCCGGAGAACAAGACUACCCGCAGUAUUUACGGGUUAACGUGUAUCCUACAGGAUAGAAGGUGUUUGGUCGUCAUUGAUCAGGCUGAGCGAGGAGAAAUAUGGUACGAUAUAUCACGUGCCUUCCCUCCUGACAGCAGAAUAAUAGUGACCACGAGUGUUCAGUCUGUUGUGGCCACCGCCGCUGGCUUCUUCAGCUCCCACAGUUAUAUUUACGCAAUGCAAGGUCUUGGCGAUGCUGAUUCAAGGAAGUUAUUCUGGAGGAAAGUUUAUGGUUUUGAUACUGAACCUGCACCUGCCCUGGUUGAUGGUUCAGCAAGCAUCUUCAAAAAAUGUGAUGGUUUGCCUCUAGCACUGGUUAGCGUGGCUAAUUACGUGCGUGAGCAUCACCAGGGGGGGAGGAUUCAAAGGUUUGGUACUAACUACCAGGAAGCCUUUGGGCAAAUGAAUAGAGUGUUUGUCCAAUGCUUCAACAGCCUGCCUGACAAUGGUCACAGGACAUGCUUGCUUUCUCUGAGCAUAUUUCCACAUGGUCAUCAAAUUAACAGGAAGAGUGUUAUCAGAAGAUGGAUAGCUGAAGGAUUGGUUGCUGGAAAUGCCGAACACACUGCGGAAGAAGUUGCUGCUGCCCGCUUCAGUGAGUUGAUCAACCGGAGUAUCAUAGAGCCAGUGCUGAUUGGCAACAAUUCCAAAGUCAAGAGGUGUCGAGUUAAUGGUGCAAUGCUCGAGUUCGUCGUGAACAAAGCAAUCUCUAAAAAUUUUGCCACUCUGAUUCGGAAGGAUGAGCCUGUCAGCUACACAAAUCCCCAUCCUAUCCGCCGGCUAUCUGUUCAAGGCGAUGGCGGCACCACAGGAAGCGGAAGUAUUGCCACUGGAAUUGGAUUAUCUUUCAUUAGGUCGUUAACGAUCAACAACAGUGAGGCCUUCGAUUUCCAGAGGUCCAAGCUGCUUCGCGUCUUGGAUUUGGAACGCUGCAAGGGCCUUGACGACAUUGUUCUGGACGCAGUGUGCCAAUUGCUGAUUCUCAAGUAUCUAAGCCUAAGGGGUAGCGAUGUUCGCAAAAUCCCCAAGAGAAUAAGAAGAUUACGCCAUCUAGAGACGCUGGAUAUUCGAGGGACGAAGGUGAAUAAUUUGCCAAUGGAGGCUAUGAUGCUGCCACGAUUAGUUCAUCUUUUUGGCCGUUUUGAGCUACCUGAAGAGCUCAGAUAUGAGAUGGAAAAGAGUAAGCUUCAGAAGUUCUUGUCAGAAGAAAGUAGAUUGCAGACAUUAUCAGGAUUUGUCAUGGAGAAGAAUGGUGGUCUUGAGUCCAUAGUGCUUCACAUGAGCUCCUUAAGGAAGGUUAAGAUAUGGUGCAAAAGAUACCCGUGCUCCACCAGUGCGAUAGAAUAUGAUGUUUCUUCCAUUCAGAAGCUCUUUGCUGGUAGCAAUAAUGCUCUCGAGUCUAUAUCAAUCGAUUCCGACAGUUAUCCUACGAAUUUCCUCCAUUCUCUACAAGGUCCCUGUAGGAUCAGCUCCAUCAAACUGCGUGGGACUCUACUCCAGCUGCCUAAAUUCCUUUCGUCUGUUGAUAGUACUCUCUCAGAGUUGCAACUUUCCUUUACUGGUCUGAGCUGUGAAGAAUUAUCUGUCCUGCAAAACCUACGCUGCCUGCUUUACCUGAAACUGUCUGAGGUUCGCCAGGGACUCAUUGGUGGUAUCUUUGAAGUCCGAAGUGGUGGAUUCCCAAGCCUUGAACGGCUGUGCUUAGAGGCUCCAAUGCUUCCAGAAGUACACAUCAAACAAGGAGCCAUGAACAAUCUCACCUCUCUGCGGCUGCUCUGUCUGCCGGAAUAUGCAGGAUGGCGUAACGUCAAGGGCAUCGAACAUCUCCACCGUCUCAAGGAAGUGGUACUCCACCAUUCUGUUGAUGCCGUUGGACUGGAAGCUUGGAAGCAGACGGCAGUGAAGCACGAGAACAGGCCAAAAGUAUCCAGGGAGGUGGUUGAAUCAAUAAUACCCUGGUAGGGCAAUCAUCUUGUGUGUUUACGGCUCUGCUGUUUUGGAAGAUCUUCUAGCUGGUGUUCAUGCUACUGAGACAUAUGACACCGGUGACAUUUGGGAAGCUCUCGGCCGUUGCAUGCUGGUAUUUUUGGUGGGAAAGGAGACAACUGAUGCAUGGAGAGCCGAUCCAGUCGCCUGCCAAGACUGCUUUAUCGAUCCGAGCGCUGGCUAUGCUCGUUCCUGUUCGAACUUCGAAACCAAGUGGUAUGCAGCGCCGUGGUUGGCAAAGACCUGGUGAUGGUAUGCAAAAACUCAAUGUGGAUGCUUAUUUUGUUUGAGGAAGGUGCGACUGGUGCUGUUAUCAGGGAUGCUACAGGCUUGUUUGUGGGUGCGAGGAAUCGCUUCAUCCUCAUUGUCAUGAUGCCAUGCAUGAUUGCUGAAGCGGCAAAUCAAGUUGCGCAUGAUCUUAGUUUAGGCCGGGUUGAUCCACCGAAUGUUUGGUUGGACAAUCUUCCAAGUUUUCGCACUCCUUUGCUAAUUGACGAUGUUAGCCAUGAUGGCUUUCUCGGCUCUCCUAAGCAACCAGCGCAAAAAAAACUAUU